AGGAGUGCUGCAGAGAAGGACAUGGCGCUUAUUCGUAGUAAGCGUGCGACGAAUGCAGGGAUGCUUGGCGCUGGUGCUCCGAAAGGCAAAUAUCGCAAGCGAAGCCGAGCGACACCACCUGGAAAAUGUCAUUCGUGCAAUAUUCGAGAGACACCGGAGUGGAGGCGAGGUCCUGAUGGUGCGAGGACGUUGUGUAAUGCUUGUGGACUCCAUUACGCCAAGCUUAUAAGAAAGCGCGACAAAGCGGCCGCGUCAUCUGCGGAUGGCUCACAACAGCGCGUGGAGAUCGAUAUGGAGACGCUGCGUGCGUCGACACGGGCUGCAAACGAGAGAGAACAGAUCAAAGCGGAGCGUGAU